ACUAACUCCGUAAAUCAAAAGUCGACUUUUAUACACCUAUACGACAAGAACUCGCUUGAUAAAUAAAGAAAAAUUAAUUUACAUAAAAUUCUGAUAAGAAAAUAAACCAUGCCGAAAACUACAUAAAACAACAGGCUUUAAUAUUAAGGCAACAUUUGAAAUAGUAUUUUCUAGUCGUUUCAAACAUACAUGGCCAUGGCAUAAGACUUGUGUUGAGGUGGUUGGUGUGUAAAUUUGUGCAAUUCUUUUUUUUCCAUCUCCUAUAGUAAGGCUAGAGAACAAUGUUUGCUUCGUUAAAGAACAAGAUAAAGGAGGAAACAGGCUCCGAAGUGGUAGGUAAUGCCGGAUUGACUCCUGGCAUAACGCCACAUCAGCGUUCGAUGAUUCAUUCCAACACAUCUAACAAUAACAAUCGCCUAAAAAGUCGUGUUUCCUCCUCUAUGAGCAUCACAUCCAAUAAUGACGAAACACAGAACGAACAGGCACUGCGUCAAGAAAUUGCCAACUAUCAGACACGCCUACAACAACUGCAAGAAGAAAAACUAAGGGUUGAGAAAACCAAUGAGAUCCUAUUGGAAACAGUCAAGGUGGCGCAAACACAAAAGGAUAUUUACUGUGAGGAGCAGGAGAAGAUCCAGAACAUGCAACAAGGUGAAAUUGAAAAACUGCGUAAUCUGCUUUCGUUUAGAGAACAGGAGGCGGUCGAUCGUCUCAAUGCCAUGAGGCAACACCAACAACAAGUAGAAAAUUUAACAUCGGAAUUGGAAAGACUUAAACACUGUGAACCCCAGUUAGAAGAGAUAAAGGAUGAGUUACAACAGCUGAUGCAUUCAUCACAACAAGAAAAGAAUAAUUUGACCAUCACCUUGGCUGCCAUCGAAGAAGAAAAUCGACACCUAAAAAUGCGUUUGCAAAUUGUUGAACAGACUCGCCUGGAAGCUCUCGGCACAUUUGGUACAGAUGAAAAGCUACAAGCUUUGGUACAAGAGCGGAAGCACUUGGAACAACGUCUCGAAGAGGCCCAUUUACAACUGUCCGAUAUAAAAAGUUCAUGGAUGGGUCAAAAUUUGGCACUUGAAACGCAGGUCAGCCGUUUGUCCAAACAAGUCGCCGAGGAAACCACCGAAAAACGAAAAAUAUUAAAACAAAAAGACGACCUCAUCGAAAGGGUCAAGCAUUUGGAAUUUGAGUUACUUAAAAGCACUGAGGAAAUAAAACAAAGGGAUGAUAAGAUUAAGCUAUUGGAGGAGGAAAUCGAUGAACUGAAUGCCGCCUUAAAAGAAUGCCGCGAAGAAAAUGAACAGCAAAUUCUGUUCGAACGCAGUAAAGUUGAAUCACUAGAAUUACAAAAUAAAGAGUUACAAAACAGAUUGGAAGCCGCCGAUGAACGUUUCGGCGAAUAUGCGGCCAACUCAGCAAAUGUCACACAAUCCCUGAGACAGCAAAUAGCCGACCUACAAACUCAAAUAAACGAAACCCAAAUGAUGUUGGAAGCAGAAAAAGAAGAAAAACUAACCGCCUUGUUGAAAAACGCCGAAAUUUCCCAAAGCGAAGAAUUAUUGAAAAAAGAGCUGAGACAAGAACGGGACGAAGUAAAUGAUAUACAUGAACUAAACAAGAAUUUGGAAUCCCAACUAAAAUCCAAGGAGCAAUGCAUACAGGAAUUGCAAACCACACUCUCGUCCAAUGACAAGAAACUGAAGGAGUUCGAUGAAAUGCAAAGGGAUGUAAUUGAAAAGAACAAGACCAUAAAAGUUCUGAACCAGCGUGUAAACGACUUGAAAAAGACCUUGCAAAAAGAAUUCACAUCCGCCAAAGUCGUGGGCAUAAGUGAUGAAUUGUCAUCUGCAGAUGGCAGAAAGGAGGGAAAAUACACACUUGCCGAAAAUUCACGUUGUCAAAACUGCAUUUCCAUAGACCCGGCUACGGCUGGGGGACAAGGAGGUAGUGUUAUAAUGGAUGAAGUUAAUUUCAAGUAUUUAAAACAUGUUAUAGUUAAGUUUCUCACUAGCCGAGAGGUUGAAGCCCGCCAUUUGAUAAGAGCCGUUGCAACUCUUCUUAAGCUAACAAAAGAAGAAGAGAAACUCCUACAUGAUACCCUCAACUGGAAAAUGAGUUGGUUUGGUUCGAGACCCGAUCACGGCCGUGGCCAAAGAGCCUUUUCCAUACCGCCUAGUUAAUAGCAUUGAAUCUCUCGUUCGCUCUCUCUCAUUUCGAGACAACAAGCUUUAAACUAAUUCAUCAAGUCGUAUAUAUAUUUUCUAUCAUUUAACUGAUCUCUGUCACCACUCGAAUUUGUAUUUUUCAUUGCUUCACUUUCUCUUCGAUAAUAACUAUUAUGUAAAAGUAUUACAGUAUUUUAUAUAUCAUGCAUUCCUUAAAUUGUUAAAUAUAUACAUUUUUUAU